AACGCGGAAGCAGGGUGGAACGCAGAAUCGCAACCGCAAAUGUUUACUCCCGCACAUUUUGUGGCGUUAGCUUAGUUCUAUUUAUUUAUUUAUAAAUAAAAAAGCUUGUGGUAUCAUUAGAGAGCUUCGAUAGUCAGCUGAUAAGCACCCGCACCCAGCGUCCAGAGUCGCUGCACAACAAAAAUUGGCAAAUCCAAAAAGAAAACACCUCCAAGAUAACGCUCCCGAAAGCUCAUCGCAUUUUCUUCGAUCGCUUCCUCAGCGACAACCGCUGGGCCAGAUUUCGAUACAUCGCGAGCAGGGGAAGACGGCCCCUGAGCUACUGCUGCUGGACGCGGAGAACACCAUCAGCACUUUUAAAAAUGGGCUGUGACGAAAAGCGGGAGCCGGCUGGCGGAAUGUUGCGCAUUAAGGAUAUACCCGAGCUGACGCAGGACCACUGUCGGAUGCGCGAUCCGGCCAAGGUGGAGCGCAUCAUUAACGAGUUCGUCCUGGGUGGACCGGAACGCAUGCAAAUCGUGUCUGACUUUGACUACACCAUUACCAAACAGAGGACAGAGGACGGCGGCGCGGUACCCAGCAGCUUUGGCAUCUUCAACGCCUGCCAGUCGCUGCCGGAGAACUUCAAGGAAGAGACGGACAAGCUGUACCACAAGUACCGCCCCAUUGAGAUUGAUCCGCACAUGCCAAUCUCUGAGAAGGUCCAGUAUAUGAUCGAGUGGUGGACCAAGUCCGGGGAACUCACCAGCGGGUUCGCCUUCGAUCAAUCGGAAAUAGAUCAGAUAGCCGAGAAGUACAAGCAUGCGCUACGUGACCGCACACACGAGUUCUUUGCGGACCUGCAGCGCCUGGACAUUCCCACGCUCGUUUUCUCAGCCGGACUGGGCAACUCGGUGGUCUCUGUGCUGCGACAGGCAAAUGUGAUGCACCCCAACGUGAAGGUGGUAUCCAAUUUCUUGCAGUUCCGCGACGGACUCCUUGAUGGCUUUCAGCAGCCGAUGAUUCAUACCUUCAACAAGAACGAGACUGUACUUGGAGGCAGCGAAUACUACGACCUAGUGCACAACCGGGAUCACAUCAUUGUGAUGGGCGACUCCCUCGGCGAUGCUGACAUGGCGGCUGGUGUUCCAGCCUCCUCGCACAUUAUGAAGAUUGGUUUUCUGUUCGAUCACGUGGAGGCCAAUAUGGACAAGUACAUGGACACCUUCGACAUAGUCCUAGUGGACGACCAGACCAUGGAUGUGCCCAGAACCCUGCUGGCCCUCAUUGAGAAGCAGCACCAGCUGAACCUACUGGCCGGCAAGCAGAGCUCGCUGUAGGUGCAGGCCGUAAGGGAGGAGGAGGCAUACGCGGUCUUAAAAGUACUCGAAGCCCCGUUCCUGCUCUCUCAUUAGCAGGAAGGCGGUUGCUAACUGGAAAACAACAGAAGCUACUAAUUAGGUGGUUUAGGUUUAGCCAUUUUACUCAUUUACGAAUGAAUGUGUAUAUUUCAUGUAUUCAGUCAUAUAUUAAAGACAACGUGUUGCUUUGCAAAACCGA